AUGACGCCGACGCCCGGUAAGCACCGACGGUCGCUGAGCACGCCCGUGGACGUGCUGGCGUCGAGCGCGCUGCAACGGGCGCUCGAUCGCGCGCGGGACCGACACGGCGGCGACGACGCGCCGAGCCGAAGCGAUUCGCUGUUCGGGGACGAGGACGCGAUGGCGCACGCGAUGGCGAUCGAUUUGGACGACGCGCCGCUGGACGUGCGAGAGCUGGCGAUGCAGGAUCCGAAGCGAGCGAAGAGGAUUUUGGCCAACCGCCUGAGCGCGGCGCGGAGCAAGGAGCGAAAGACGCGAUACGUCAAGGGGUUGGAAAAGAAACUGAACGAGCUGGAGGAGUGCGAGAGGACGUUGAUUUUGGAGAGAGAAAGAAUGGCGACGGCGGUGGCGACGCUGGCGGCGGAGAAUAGCGCGUUGCAGAUGAUGAUGGGGACGCCGGCGCGGUGA